AUGGCCACUUCCAAGCUGAGAUACGAAGGAAAAGUUACAAUUGUAACAGGAGGCUCUAAAGGAAUUGGAGAAGGAGUCGUCAGAGAGUUCGGUAAGUAAACAAUACGAUAAAAUGCAGUGUUAUUUAACUUCAGGGCCUUCCUCUCUGUUUUUAAAAUUAAGUUUUGUGUUGAAAUAUUUUAUACGACCGACUCUGUUCUUCCUAUUCAUAGGCUGCUGAAGGGUUCAUUUCUUGGUGGUGGGAGCUUCGUUAAGUAAACAUGACUGUUUUUUAGACAUCAUGUGACAACAUCAUAUGACUUUACACGAAGCUUUCCGACUCGAAUUUCUUGUAUAACAGAACGGCAAAAUCGUUACUCAUAAGAAGGUUACUUAAUAAUUUAUUAAAAAAGUUUAUAAAUAAGCAAAAAAGACAAAAAACAAACAAAUAGAGACUCCCCCCCAUCAAAAAAAAAAAAAAAAGAAAAAAGAAAACUAAACUAAAAAAAUCCUUCAAUUUCUUUCAGCGGUCAAAAUCGUAUGGUGUUUAUUAUGUUUCAGUUAUUAGAGCGGUUUUCACUUGACUGUCGAAAGGGAUUGGUUUUGGUUUUGGUUUUGGUUUUACUACGCCCUUUGGUUGGCUAGUGUAUUUACUUUGGUUUUGGUUUUACGACAGUCAAGUGAAAACCGCUGGGGGGGGGGGUGGGGGUGGGGGCAUUAGCAAAUUUUGUGUGGUCUGGGCAUUUGCCUACCCUUGAUACCAAUGUAGUUUGCUGUCCUGAUAUAACUAAACAUUGCUUAUCAAGAUGUGGGAAACUUACUGCGUGAUGUGGGGAGCUAUCGACGUAUAUGAAUCAACAUUUUUUUAUUGAAUCAAAUUUCUUUUGAUCUGGGAUUUGAAUACAAUUUAGGGGCACUUCUAUGCUCAUGUAUGCUUACAGUUGGAUUUGACUGAUUCAUAAAAUCCAAAGGCAGAAUAAUGAAUUAUUGUUUUCUGUUACUUAGUAAAUAAAAUAGGAGUGAGCAUGGAUAUAUAAAUGUGGAAAACUAUUUUCUGUUUACUCAAAGUCUUUUAACACCGUUUUGUUUCCUAGUGAAAGCUGGUGCCAAAGUUGUCUUUUGUGCUCGUGGGGGUAAGUUUCUUGAACAUAUUGUAUGUUAAUUUUCUGGUAAUUACUGACAUUUUAACCCUUCUGCCCAGAACAAAUAUGGAAAAAUGUUUGGUAUCCACACUCCAGUCACAUCACAAAUUCAUUCUUACUCUUUGGAGUACAACUGCCUCCAUACAGUGCAAAAAAAUGUUGGAAAAUUAUGUGGAAUUGUUAGAGGCCAUAUUAUAUGGUGCAGAAAAGUUCCAAUAUGAAGCAAAUUGUAAUAUGUGAGUUCUGUUGGGAAGAUUUAUUUUAAUGUAGAACACUCAUGGUCAGUAGAUUCUAAGCAACAUUAAUAUUUCAAAGGUUAAAUAGCGGCUAAAUAGCUGCAGUGUAAUAGCCUUAAAUGGAGUUUUUGAAAAUGAUUGUUAUUUGAGUUCAUAAUAAACAAAUCUGCGCUGCGAGUGUUUUAUAUUUUAUGAUACAAGUAGUAUACUCAGAAUUGAUGCAUUGCUAUUAGACUGUUCAUUGAGUCCCUUAUUUUUUUGUAAGAUCGAGCACUUAACAGUUUGAGGGGCUGUCUUGGUUUCAUAGCCUUGAGGGUAGAGAGGCAAGAAAAAGAGGAGCGACUGUCCUAAUGUUACUGCAGCUCGCAUUCAAGGGGCGCAUUUUUGCAGCAAUGCAGGAUUGGUCAUCAGACAAUAGAUGUUAAUUACCAUGUAAAACAAGUUUAGUUUAAAGGUGUUUCACUGACAAGUCCUCAUUUCUAUAAAACGGUUUCAUAAUAUUUCUGUUCACCUUACUUAAACUUUUGUGCUAUUUUGAGUUAGAUCUUCAUCAUUUUAGGCCAAUGAUUCUGGGGAGAGAAUUUACAUGUAUUUAUCUCUGACUUGUAUUAAGUAGGGCAGACUCUUCUUGACAUUGCAGAGAUUGCAGAGUGAAAAUUUAUUAUGUACAAUAAAAUAGCUGUGCCUGACUGCAAGAAUUAGUGAAAAUGCCAUAUUUUUGUGGUUUACCCACAAGAACUUUGAAACCCAAGAAGUCAAUAAUUUUACUGUAAGAAGCUACAAAAAUUACCGCAAGCCUCAACAAGGCACAAGAAGUAGUUUAUAAGUCUUCACCUACGGCAGGACUUUUCCGCGGGUGGCGGGUGACGGGUGACGGGUGACGGGUAGCGGGUGGCGGGUGACGGGUGACGGGUGAGGGGUAGCGGGUGAUGGGUGACGGGUGGCGGGUGGCGGGUGGCAGUUGGCGGGUUAAAAAUAUAUAUGAAAAUAAAAUAUUAUAAUAAAAUAUUAUUAUUGAUAAUGAUAUAACUGUAAGUUGUAAUUUUAAAAUAAUUUCAACGUUUAUGUACUAGCUACCAGACUCCAAAUAAAAGUAUUGUCUUGUUUUGUUUUAUCUACUUAAGCGGACUAAUAAUGGUAAAAAAAAAAAGAGAAAUCAUGCCUGUGAAAACAGUCACCUCUCCUCUUGCUCCGCACCGCAAGUGAUGUUUUGUCAGGCUACACGCGGUGUGUCAAAUGAAAAUGGGCUAUGUCAAGCAAGACACAUGCCACGUGUCGAUCUUGUUUGUCUAGUUUGCUUUUUCUUCCACAUCAAGACGAAAGAUGAUUGCACUUCCCCAACCGUUUAGCCGUGUUUAUAACAGACUGCAAGAGAUUCGGCCUCCUGUGUCGUAGCUCAGUUUUUGCCCUAGUAUGCGGCAUGAUUGCCAUCCUAAUCAGUAUUUUUAAGUACUAUUUAAGAAAUGCAGAUCCUUUUUGUAUAUAUACACAACGAGAUCAAUUCCCGUCCGAGACGCCACAUGCGGCGAAAACGGUCCAUGCUGUGUCAAAAUUGUCUUGCUCCUUCUCUUGCAUGCAUUAACAUUGACAGCUUUGUUGCUUUAGUCUUAUGAAAAUUUCCUUGUUUUCUCGAAAUAGACAUUUUGUACAUUUCAAACUACAAGUCGGGAACCAAAUUGGCAAAGAUUUAUCCCACAGGCAAUGCAAUGUUUAUCCCAACCUAUAACAAAAGAACAAACACACUUGUCAAAAAUCUGAGACACUGUACAAACAUGUCGAGAAGAGAAUGCGAUCUUACUUGUCUGGUCGCAGGAUAAAUAUUACUUUAAUUUUUAUGAGUUCCUCAAGCUAUUUCGUGCAUGCGACAUCGUGUAGAAUAAUAUUGCUAAAAUAUCGCUUUUUGUAAUGUUUAUUAUUUUUUUUCUUUUUUUGGUUUCCCCUUUUUAUUUUUAUUUUUUUAUUUUUUACGGCCUGACCCACCACCUGCCACCCGUCACCCAUCCCCCUGGGAAAAGUCCUGCCGCUUCACCUACAAGAAGUUGGUGGUGUUUGUGUGAGUGAUAUUUUUUUGUUGGUUGGUUUUAUUCAUUGCACGUUCUUGCAAUGCAAGAACUUCUUGUGCCACUUCUUAUGCAUGCAUUAUUUUGGGCUGUACUGUUCAUUGUUAUUGGGACACACACUAUAAAUUGUGCACAAUACAUUCUCUUGUUAGUUAGUUUGAUGUGUUAUUAUACCACAGCUAGUACGUUUGUGAAUGUGGUCGACUUUGUUGGGCAGUACUUUGGGCAGUAAAUGUAUUAUAUCAUUGGGAAGUAUACCCCUAUCAGGUCUUUAUUUUGUACAUUGUAUUGUUAUGCUUACAUCAUACCACCUGUAUUCUCUGUGUUGUGCCUUCAGAGGCUGAAGGGGAAAAACUUGAAAAAGAACUAAAUGGCACAGGUCCUGGAGAAGCAUACUUUAUCAAAUGUGACGUUACUAAAGAGGAAGAUAUCAAGGUCAGUUUACUUUCUAGAGUCCCUCCAAUCUGGAGUCAUUUUUUUUUAAAAAACCCUAACUUUCUGGUAUCAAUAGACCUUUGGACACGGUUUUUUCCUAUUUCGACAUGGACAAGUUAGGGAAUGAUUGUCAACUGCACUGGAGGAGGACCUUUACACUGUAGUAAAAUUGUCAAGUUUGAAGGUGAUUUAUUGAAAACAAACAAAUAUAAACCAGGAAGAGGCAAAAUCCUAAUUAAAUUUUUGUAACUUUGUGGAGCUAUAUUAUUUUUUUCUUGUUUAAGACAUAUCACUUUAAAUUUUGGCAGUGGUAUCGACAGAUUGUCCCCGACUGGUACAGUUCAAAAGUUGAAAAAACUGAGGAAGGGUCUGUUACUUGCAACAAUCUUUGCAACACUUUAAUGUGUUCACUGUCUUACACGGUGUACCUUAUUUAUCUUAGUUUGAAAUUCAUGUCAAUUUACAUGUACUACCAGCAUCCUAAGAUACAACUAAGUUUUCUUCCCACACUCUGCUGGCAUGCUGAAUCAGUCAAAAUUAAAUUUUUUGGUCUAUAAAUACAGACAUCCCAACACAGCUGUCUGACAACACCCUGCUAGCACACUCAUUAAGUCAACGCUUACUGUAAGAAUGAUUUAGAAGUACAGUAGGGCAUCCUUGUAAAGAUUCUUUGUCUACCAUUCUUUAUCACAUUGAAGCUUUACAUUUAGGAUUCGAACCCAGUGCCAAAUCCAUCUUGACCAUACCUACUGCCCUUGCUUCCCGAAGAAAAUGACCAUCUUUAUCCUAACACAGCUCUCAGCUAACCCUUUAGUGCACUCAAUCAGAUAAAAUUGACUGUUAUGGUGUAUAACCACAGUCAUCCCAACACAGCCCUCUCAGCUAACCCUUUAGUGCACUCAAUCAGGUAAAACUGACUGUUAUGGUGUAUAACCACAGUCAUCCCAACACAGCCCUCUCAGCUAACCCUUUAGUGCACUCAAUCAGUUAAAACUGACUGUUAAGGUGUAUGUAGCCACAGUCAUCCCAACACAGCUCUCUCAGCUCACUAUUAAAGGUAACACUCUCAAUCAGUCAAAAGUGAAUCUUUUGGUUUAUGACUCAUUCAUAUCAAUUCAAGACAAUUUUAUUAACGGUGUCUUUCUUUAUGUUAAUAAAGAAUUUAGUGGAGAAGACAGUUGAAAAGUAUGGUUGCAUUGACUGCCUCAUCAACAAUGCUGGAUGGCGUAAGUCGAGAAACCAAGUUUUAUCUUCUUUGUCAUAACAAACAGCAAACUAUUAAGGUUAAUCUGAAGUUUUGCAGUUGCAAAACUCAGCUAUCUUUGUUAUUAAUGUUCCUUGGUUUAAGUAAUAUCCAAGGUUGUAAAAUUAAUGAAGAGAGAUGGCGUUUAAUUAGACUGCAGGCAAUCCACAUCAGGAUGAUUGCAUGAGGGAAUGAAAAAAAGGAAUUAAAAUAGGUCAGCUGAAGGGACUGGCUCAUUUUCUCCAUUCCUGUGAAGCCUCAACUUGAGUGACUGAAAUGAGGGUGCCUUUAUGGUAGUGGAGUAUUUUUAUUACAGUUUGUGAUUCUAAUUAUAUGAAUUUCGUCAAUAAAGAUGUUUUGCUUUUUAUGUUUUCAUCAUCUUGAAUUUUUUGCUUUGUUGACAGAUCCCCCAAGUAAAACAAUUGAUGAGACUUCAGUGGAUUUGUUCAGAGAACUGUUGAAUCUAAACCUUGUAAAUUAUUUCUUAUUUUGUAAAGUAAGUACAGUAUUGUUGUUCUAGGCUUUUUAGUUACAUGUAUAUGCAGGUGUUUAAUUUCUGUUUAAUUGUUACUUUUCAUAAGACAAAAGUGGAGGAAGAUUUUUUAAGGGACGUCAGGAGCCCGUCAAAUAGCCCGUGUAGCCCGUGAGCCCGUGUAGCUAUAACAACAUCUUAAAAAAUACCUUCAUGGCAUCAAGGUUCAUGAUGUAAAAAUAUUUCUAUGUACCGGUAUGUCAAAACAAGGCCAUGUGUAAAAUAUUUUUGUAAAUAUGAAAUAAGUUUAAUUUAUGUUAAAUUAGUUCAGUUCGGUUUAUUUUCACUCAAUAUAGAUUGAUGUUUACAAGAUAAACGUCUCUUUAGAAUUAAUAUGAAAGUUUGAGUAUGGUGGCCAAGUGAAACAUAAAUUGUUUUUCUGGUUGGCCACCAUAGAUUUGGAAAUUUAGUUAAAAUUUGAGACUUUGCCAUUUUAAAUUGCCUUUGACAUAUUUUUCUUUGCAGUUUGCUUUGCCUCACAUACGGAAAACAAAAGGAAACAUUAUCAACAUGUCAAGUUUAGUGGCACAAAUUGGCCAGCCUGGAGCUGUAGCAUAUGUUGCAAGCAAGGUAAUAUAAAUAAACAUUUUAACAUUUUAUAACCAUGCAUGUUCUGCAGUUUUCUCAAAUGUACCGAUUUAUUUAAAAACAAACUAAAAAAAAAAAGAUAUACCAAAUAAAAUUUUGACGAGAAAUAUGUCAGGAUUUUUCUUUUUACAGGGUGUAACAAACCUUCAGUUCUGUAGUUUUCAUAACUGGCGAUGGGAUUUUAGCGUAGAGAGAAAAAGGGCCGUGAUAAUUAACUUGUGACUUUCUUGUAUUACAAGGGUGGGAUAACAUCAAUGACAAGAGCGCUCGCAGUUGAUGAGGCUAAAUAUGGAGUACGAGUUAACAGGUAAUUAAAAGUGAUUAUCAGUCAUUUAACACAUAGCAUAAGAAGCCCCUUUUUUAAUAACAGAUUAUGUUCUUUUUAGGCUAUCUAAUGAUGGACUGUGUAAUGGAUGUUUUCACCCCUCCUCAACAUUAUUUUUUUCUCUACUAUCUCAAUAAUUUUGUAAGCUGGAAAAUAGGUAAAAGGUAGGUAAAGGCGCACAAGAGCAAAAGGUACAAACAGCUGGAGCUUAUCCUAGUUUCCUUCACAUGAAGCAUGCCUAGGAGUAUUGCUAGUCACCCAUGGACAGGAUGCUUGUCCAUCACAUGGUUACCCCCAGCAGUAUGUUGCCGGUACCCAUUUAUACACCCGGGUGAAGGGAGACAAAGUGUUGUAAAAUUCCUUGUCCAAGGGAACAACGUGAUGGGCAAGGCUUGGACCCCUGACUUCCAGAUUCGGAGUUUGAGGUGUUAACCGCUCCACCACUCAUCUCCGCAGGUUGAAACAUUAGCAGCAGUAAAACUAUGUUUAAGAAACUGAAAGUAACCAGAGUAUAAUACCAUCAACUGACGUGAUACAACUCACUUUGACUCUGAAGAUGACUACCGAACAGGUAGUCAGUCAGUCACUGUCAACAAUAACAGUCCUAUUCAGGACUACGUUUACCCGGACAAUCAAACUCAGCCUACUUUUGAAAUGACUCCUGGUUCAAACCUUUCACAGUUUUUGUGACUAAUCUGUUGAUAAGCAGUCACUUGCCGGUACCCUGAGGGUGGCCGCUUAAUGGAGGUUCAUCUGUGUUUACUAGACUACUUCUCAAAAAAGAAAACGCCAUGAACAGUUGUUUCUUAAAAAUAGUCCUGUAUAAUUUUCAGUGUUUCACCUGGUAAUGUAUGGACACCAUUGUGGGACCAGUUGGCCACGUUGACUGGUGACUUUGAGAAAAGUAAGAAAGAUGGUGAAGAAGCCCAGGUAUGUUAGCUUGGCUUGGGUUUUAUUUUUUCAUUUUUCUUUUCCUUAGCAUUGUGGCAGUGUAGCACAAAACUUUAGUCAUUCAAUGUUGCUCUUACGAAGGGAUCAGCAUGGAAAUGAUAGGUUUUCAGUCAGUACAGUAAUCUAUAUUUACACACAGUUAACGAUUUAUUCAGGUACAACAUGUCUGAAUUUAUUUAGGUACAUAUGUACAUCUGAUUGCUUGUCAAAAUCCAAAUCACCUGAGGAUAAUAUCAUGUUAUUGUAAUUGUUACACCAGUUAAUUAAUGUAAUAAUCUAAAAGCCUGAUAUCCACGAAUGCCGUGCUUCUAGUUAAAUAUAAAUGUAUUUAGAGAUCCUUCAUGUCUUACGCCAUUCCAGAAAACAGCACCACUGUAGUGGAAACUAUUGUGAAGAUAAUUUGUGCCUGGCAAUGGUAUGGCUAAUAUAUUCACAGACAUCCGGAAAAGUGUGUGGAGGUGUAUCACAUCGUUUAGUAAAUUUUUGGGCAAAUAGUGUGCUUGGAUUCAUUAGGCGAACGGUGGGUCCUAAAAAUCCUCAGUUGUUUUCAAAACUUUAUAAGAGUCUAGUACGUCCGAUACUCGAGUACUGCUCUCCAGUUUGGUGUCCGCACCUUAAAAAAGACUUAAACACCUUGGAGAAAGUACAACGUAGAGCAUCUAAAUGCGCCCUUGGAAAUGUUGGGCAAGACAUGCCUUACGAAGAACGCCUAAAGCUCCUUAAAUGGCCAUCACUUGAACAAAGAAGAUUAUUUUCGUCGCUUAUCGAGUGUUAUAAGACAAUAAAUAGACUUAAUGGACUUGAUCCCUCGGCAUUUUUUACAUUUGCACAUGAUUUUCGGCCCUUAAGAGCCAACCAUCGUUUUAAACUUAAGCUUACAUCAGCAACUUUAAAUAGUUUUAAACAUUCUUUUUUUAUACGCAUAAUAGAUAAGUGGAACAAUCUCCCAAAGGAAGUUGCUGAGGCGGAGAAUUUGAAUAUUUUCAAGAACAGACUGAGACGUUAUCUUAUAGAUUUUUCUAGUGAACACUAAGUUCUUUUACUGUGUGAUGUUUUAUAUACAUAUAUAGUUACUAUUUUAAACAGUUGUAAAUAAUUUAUUUCUUAAUGUAUUUUAUUAUCAGGAGAUAAACAAGAAAGGGAUAACCUCUUUUAUCUCCUUUUCACUUUUUCGAUUUGGAUUUGUGAAUAAAUAGUUAUUAUUAUUAUUAUUAUUAUCGUGAAAUACACCAGAAGAUAUUGCCAAUACUUCUAAUCCAAUCUCUUGAUCACCUUCAAUUUAUUCGCAAUUUCCUUUGUCCUGCAGUACCUAAUUUUGGUGACUUGUGGCUAAAUUCCACUAGAGAGGUUUUCUACCAAAGCGUUUCUUGCUACAAAUUUUGUAAGGCUUAAAAAUCUCAAAAAAUCUUCCAACGAGAAAAAAGUUUUAAAAAUAAACCAAAUUGCAGCUUGUUUAAACUUGUCUAGUGCGCUUGGUGCUGGCGAUAUGUAUCUCAGCUUUGAUUGGUUAUGCUCCCCCUACCGACAGACUCUUUCUUGUUUUCUCUACAGCUGUUAGGUCGCAUGGGAACUCUUGAAGAAUCUGGUCAAGCCUGUUUAUACCUGGCUGCCGAAGCAACUUUCACUACUGGAAUUGAUUUGUUGUUGAGUGGGGGUGCUGAACUCACUUAUGGCAAGAAAACCCAAGUGGAAAAUGCAUAG